CUGAAACCUUUCAAUACACCUGCAGAAUACAAACUUUCUCAAAGACAACCUUUGAGUGCAUUCUGUUCAAAAAUUCUCUUCUCUAUUUUUCUUAAAAGAAACAAAUCCUAAGAGAGUCAUCAUCAGUAUAGUCAUGGCUCUCUCACGUAGUCCUAUGAUCUUUCUCUCCCUUUUACUUACGUUUGUAGCUCUCACUGCUGCUCAAUCUCCUAUGAUGUCCCCCACAAUGCCACCAUCUACCAUGUCAAUGCCACCAAUGACCACCACUCCUCCACCUAUGGCCACCAUGUCACCACCACCAAUGGCCACCAUGUCACCACCACCAAUGGCACCGCCAAUGAGCCCAAUGGCACCAUCAAUGAGCCCAAUGGCACCAUCAAUGAGCCCAAUGGACUCACCACCGGCUCCUAUGGCACCCGGAAUGGCACCCAUGGGACCAGGGCCAGCACCGGGACCUAUGAAUGGCGGAAUGGCUCCUCCUCCUCCGUCUAAUGGUUUUGUUCAUGGAAGUAGCAUGGCUAUGGUAGCAAUUCUUGGGAGUGUAGCACUUUUGUUUUAAAUUUAAUUUGCUUUCAUAUUGUUGUAGAUUAAAAAUAAUUUACUUAUUUGUGUAUUUAUUUUGUUAAGCUCAUUGUAUUGUUGAUUUUGUGUGGAAGAGUGAGGAAUUUGAGGACGUUUGGUUGGAGAUUUAUCAAAUGUUACAUGCUCUAUUGUGUAACAUUUUGAACAUUAGCUUAAUAAGACACUAUUCUCUCUUUCUUUCAAUUUAAAUUUCUACUUCAA